GGCAGUUAACCCACUGUUCCCCUGAGCAAGACAGUUAACCCACUGUUCAGUUGAAUACAUUUCAGUUGAAUACAUUUCAGUUGAACAACGGACUAGGUAUCCCUUAGCUACUGUUGCUAACAGCCAUUACUAAAUAAAGUCAACAAUUGUUUACAUUCUGUUUUUUAUCGAAACCGUAUUGAUGAUAAAUCCACCGUGUUUCAGGACCAAAGGUCCCCUGGGAGAGCCAGAGUGUAUCAGAGGAAUCCUCAUAGACGCUGCCAAACAUCUGCAAUCACUCAAGUUUGGAAUCUGGAAGAAGAUGGCAGACAUUGUCCAAUGGGUCCCCAUAACCCUGGACCCCAACACAGCCCAGUCCAACCUCAGCUUCUCUAAGGAGUUCAGCAUGGUGAGGUACAGCAAAAAGAGACUCCUGCCAGACAACCCCGAGCGCCUUACCAGCCGUAUCUCUGUCCUGGGAGCGACAGGUUUCACCUCCGGAAGACACAGCUGGACCGUAGAGGUGGGCCAGAGCAGAGACUGGUACAUCGGAGUCGCCCGAGAGUCCAUCAAACGCAAGUCCACCAUCUUCCUCAACCCUGCUGAGGGAUUCUGGGUAAUCGGGUUGUGUAACGGGGAGACGUACUGGGCCCAGACGUCCCCGCGGACGCGCCUGGACGUGAAGAGAGAGAGGAAGCCGUGGAGAAUCACUAUAGAGCUGGACUACGACCGAGGGAAGGUGCUGUUUCUGAACGCAGUAGAUUCAACACUGAUACACAUGUUCAGAGAGAAGUUCACUGAGAGGAUCUUUCCUUAUUUUGCUCCUGGGAUGUAUGAGGAGGGAAACACCUCCCGUCCCCUGACCAUCUGUCCCCUGACUAUAUCUAUAGAGGUACUGGACCAGAUUAUACUACCAUAACACCUCCCGUCCCCUUACCAUCUGUCCCCUGACCAUCUGUCCCCUGACCAUCUGUCCCCUGACCAUCUAUCCCCUCACCAUCUGUCCCCUGACCGUCUGUCCCCUGACCAUCUGUCCCAUGACCAUCUCUCCCCUGACCAUCUGUCCUCUCACCAUCUGUCCCCUGACCAGCCAUUUGUAAUCACCAUCACUAUUCAGUACUCAAGUGUGCAAAAGAUGAAUAGUCAACCAUAUUAUAAUUAUAGCCAUUGAUAAAGGUCAGAGGUCUGAAAAUGUUUAGUAGCAAACCAACUAGUUGAUCUUGUGUAUUUGUGACCAUGCGUGUUUAUAAUAAACUUUGUAUACUUAUAGAAGGUACCCUUAUAUGGUGUACUUAUAGAAGAUACCCUUAUAUGGUGUACUUAUAAAAUAUACCCUUAUAUGGUGUACUUAUAGAAGAUACCCUUAUAUGGUGUACUCAUAAAAGAUACCCUUAUAUGGUGUACUUAUAGAAGAUACCCUUAUAUGGUGUACUUAUAGAAGAUACCCUUAUAUGGUGUACUCAUAAAAGAUACCCUUAUAUGGUGUACUUAUAGAAGAUACCCUUAUAUGGUGUACUUAUAGAAGAUACCCUUAUAUGGUGUACUUAUAGAAGAUACCCUUAUAUGGUGUACUUAUAGAAGAUACCCUUAUAUGGUGUACUUAUAGAAGAUACCGACGAACAGGUUGAACUAAUUUAGCGGUAAUCGAUUUAAAUAAAACUAUCUAUUGUAUUUAAAAAGGUCAAUAAUCCUCUUUCUCUUUGGGUUUGGUCUUCUUCUACUUGUCCAUUUCUUUGAGUUUGGAGUCCAGCUUCCUGUGUAGAUGGGCCUUGUUGUUAGGAUCUACAGACUUGUCCUUGUGUUCACCACCAGCAUACAGAACCCCUUCUUUCCUGAUCCUCAUCCUGGCAUUGGCCCUGGCUUGGUGUCCACACCCAUGGACCUGGAGGAGAUACAACACAGUUACAUAGAGGAGUUACAACACAGUUACACAGUUACAUAGAGGAGUUACAACACAGUUACAUAGAGGAGUUACAACACAGUUACACAGUUACAUGUAUAGGAUAUUUUUUUCACAAGCAGUGUAUUGAAUAUAGUGGGUGGAGUAAGAACUCACCAGCACUCUGUAUUAUACCCAGCAGAAAAGACCAAUUUAAGUUUUGUAGACUCUUGAGUAAUUCCAAUUACACAUAUUUGUAUUUUAUUAAAAGUGUAUUUCUUUACAUAUAGCCUAAACAACAGCGUUCAACAUGCCAGUAUGGGUGUAAACUUUCUAGAGAAAUGUUGGUAUGAAUAAAUCAAUGUUACAAACAAAAAGUGUGUCAGAUUAUCCAUAUAUUUUAUUAAAUGUGAUUGAAAUGCUGUGAAAAACAGUUGUACUGUACUAGAGUACAAAAAAAAAAAAGAUAUUCCCAAAGUUUAGCAUGUCUUUGUAGGAGGACUCUUAUUUUGAAAAAAGAAUUCCGCCAUGUACUGCCAGCAUAAUAUCUUGCUGCCAGGAGAACUUAAUGACCCAUUAUAAAAAUUAAAACAGGAACUGGUUUGGAAAUCCAGCCAAUGAUAGUACGACCUCCGUUUCAUCUAGCCAAUGACAGUUCAACACACGUUUUCUCUCUCUGAACGCAUUUCAAAAUAAAAGUAAUGUGUACAGUAGCAAGUGAGGAUUAAAUAAUGCAAAUAAGAUGAUUUAUAACAAUCUGAAAAUACAUGCGUGUUGAAUAUAA